UCACAACUAUCCCUGUCAGACAGAAAUUUCUGCUUUUCUCGAGUGCAUAUUUUAAUUGUCAUAGUUAACAUAAGGAAGUUUAGAGUUGAUUGUCGUUUAAGGCAGAUCUAUGUAAGGUUUUCUGGCUGCCAUUAUUGUUCUUCCUCUUUAUGUGACCCUGGAGACUGCUCAGAUGUGGAAUUUACCAUAUAGUAAAUUCUUAGUUUCUUACAGUUGACCUGGAAGAGCCUUACGCCUGUGGUUCCAGAUCUUCAUUUCCGUAUUUUGGUAGCGUGUGGUGUAUCUCGUAUGCUUUAUAGUCAUAACAUAAAUUUUUAUUUGCCUAGAAUAUAUAUAAUUUUGCCUCAAAUUUCUUUACGGAUAUUGUGGAAACUACCCACACAGGCAAAUGUUCCAAGAAUUUAGUACCCUACAUGGAAAGGCAUAUUUCCUUACAUUUAAUCUGGAUCUUUGCAUGAAAAUUGUCAAUGAAUUUCCUCUACUUGUUCUAACUUCAUUAUAUUUCAGUAAUCCCUUGCAACAUAUCUCAUCAUAUUUUCCGAAAGAUAUGGCUGCAGACUUAGCCGUAUUGAAGAUCAGGGAGGCUCACAAUCAUCUUGAAAAAAUUGCUGAGUUUGAAAAAAGAGGUAUAAAUGGUGCACAGAAACUGAAGAAAAGGAUACUAGCAGAAAUUAAGUUCUUGCAGAAAGGCCUGCAGAAUUCAGAAGACCUAAAAGAGAAGGAUGUCCUAUGUUCAAAUUUGGGACAGCUUGGAGCACUGGCAGAUGUGGCCAUAGAUAUAUCUGAUGUGACUGGAAUUUUGCAAUCUUUCAGAAAUGAAGAAAAUGAAAAAAUUAUAAUUGAUAUUGUUGCUGACAAUGGAAUGAAAUGGAUCAAGGUAAUUAUGCGUAAUCCGAAGGCACUUCACUUACUUUUUGUCCUGGGUCGGCGAGGCAAUGCAAAGCCUCUUAAUGAAGUGGCUGAAGACUUUAAAAUGUAUGCUAAGUUACAUCCAGUCUUCUACUCAUCCCCAAAGGUCAUUUUCUGGUUUUGCAAUGGGGUUAGUGAAGGCCUAGCCAGAAGCAUUGAAGACAAAGGUGUUGCUGUUGAGGGAAGAAGAAUAGCAGAUGAAGAUCUUGGACUUCCUGACUUCUCCAUAGAGGACUCUGACACUGAGAUUGAGGAGUCCAGUAGUACCUCCUAUUAUUCAGAUGGUUCAGAGAAAGAAGAAAUAAUUUUUGACAAAAGCAAAGACCCAAAUACAGAAACUAGUGAUACCUUUCCUGAAAGAGAAAUUGAGUGGGAGAGAGCUAGUAUUUCAUUGAACUUAGAUAAUCAUGCAAAUACUUUACCCAUUGAAAAUGCAGACUCAGGUUUUAUUGAUCAAAGUGCUCUUAGUUUAAGUGAGUUAAGUUUACAUGACAGUUCUGGCAGUGGAGAACAAUUGGGUCGUAUCAACCUUGAUGUCACAGCCAUGAUUGCAUAUGUGUCAUCAACUGCCAAUGAAGGAGCUAAUUUUAUAUUCCAAGACAAGUUCCUAAAUGAACAAGCUGCUUGUGAAAGAAAAAAUCCUGUAAAGAAAACCCUUGAUGGAUAUUUUAAAGGCAGAGAACUGGUAGCAUGCAAAGAGGCUGUGGAUCGUUUCCAGGAGAUUGUAAGUGUCAUUGGAGGAGAAGGGGAGAAGACAAGAGCCAAAGAGCUUCUGGCCCGGCUUACAGUUGUACCUGGACAAGACUUUUUCAAGGACAAAAUAAAAGCAGGUGGCAAGAUUCGAGCACUGCCUCGGAUGACAUUUGGCACUGGCCAAGCAAUGCGAGCCAUCACUGUCACCUCUAACAUGGGCUUUGUCAGGGCAGCUCAUUGUCAGGGAAUCAACCUGGCAGUGUUAGUACAUCGGCCACGAGCUCUCACUGAAGCAAAGGAGGCCUUUGCCACUCCUCUUGAAGAUGUAUGAUGACCUAAAUGGGAUAUAGACAGGUAUAUUUUAGGAGUCUAUCCAUCUAUUUGCUUGCAUUUUCAAGUUAUCUUACUUUUUUACUCUCUCACCCACUCACCUAUUUGUUUUCAUGGCACUUUAUUUUAUCUUUAAUUUGUAUUUGAUCUAUUAUCACUAUCUCAUUUUUUAAUAUUUCUGAACAGUAGUAACAUUAUCUAUGCCAGCAUUAUAUCAUAUAAUGAUAUAUUAUAAAUUUGCUAUGAAAUAAGGACAUCAUAACAGCAUUUACAUCACAGAAAAUAACCAUGCUGUCCCAUAUUAGGCAAGGCUCAGUGGAGAUCAAUAAACUUAGUUUUAUAUUAAGACUGCAAUGAAGAGUAGAUAUAGAGCAGUGGUUUCCAACCUGUGGUAUGCGUAUCACUAGUGGUGUGUGAAGGCCUUCCAGGUGGUACAUGAGCACUUUUAGGAUCAUAUAAGAUAUUUAGUUAAAUCUGAUUAAUAUUUCUGAAAAAAAAUAAUAAAUUAAUAAAGAUUAUUGCCUUACACAAAAUAAUCUGGCAUCAAUCAGCUGAUGGAGAAGAAAUAGAUGUAUCCCUUGCAUUAAUCAAAUUGAGUUGUAUUUCAUAUUUUUUGUUCAUUUGUGUUCUACUUGUGAAUAAAAUUCAUAUUUAUUG